AUGACUACAGAAAAUGCCCUUGGGGUGUCGGGCUUGUCUACGACAGAGGCCCCCAUCACCUGGAAGGCCUAUCUUGUUUGCGUCUCGGCUGCGUUUGGUGGCGUCUUCUUUGGCUAUGACAUCGGUUGGAUGUCUGGCGUUCUAGGAAUGCCAUACGUUAUCCAGCAAUACACUGGCAUGGAGUAUGACUUCAACGCCGGUACCCCCGUUGAUUCCUCCCACUCGUUCACCAUACCGUCCUCGGACAAAUCCCUCAUGACUUCGAUUCUGUCCCUUGGAACGUUUCUUGGUGCUAUUGUUGCUGGUGACCUAGCUGAUCUGUGGGGCCGUCGCAUUACCAUCCUCAUCGGCUGCGCCAUUUUCAUUUGUGGCAUCAUCCUUCAAAUCUCUAGCAGCGGCCAACUGGCCGUCAUGACCAUCGGACGCUUGGUCGCUGGCCUGGGCGUCGGCUUCGAAUCUUCAGUCAUCAUUCUCUAUAUGUCUGAAGUUGCGCCGAGGAAGAUCCGGGGUGCUGUUGUUUCAGCUUAUCAGUUUUCUAUCACGAUUGGGCUUUUGAUUGCAAACUGUGUCGUUUACGCAACCCAAGGGAGAAAUGAUACAGGGUCUUACCGUAUUCCUAUCGGAGUCCAGUUCCUCUGGGACAUUAUACUUGCUAGUGCUCUGUUCCUCUUGCCCGAGUCACCCCGGUACCUCGUGAAGAAAGGAGAUAUUCAAAAGGCAACAGAGGCUCUUUGUUUCAUCCGAGAACAGCCCGAAAGCUCCGAGUAUAUUCAUGGCGAGCUUGCAGAAAUCAUGGCGAACCAUGAGUAUGAGUCCCUCGUGAGUCCCGACAAGGGGUAUAUAAACUCGUGGCUGCUUUGCUUCAAGGGCCCGAUCAGUAAACCCAACUCCAAUAUCAGAAGAACUAUCGUUGGUGCUGGUAUCCAGGCAAUGCAGCAGCUGUCUGGAAUGAACUUUAUAUUUUAUUACGGGACAACGUUCUUUCAGCAGCUUGGAACAAUCUCCAAUCCGUUUCUCAUUUCUCUAAUAACGACACUUGUCAAUGUUUUGACCACUCCGCUCGCAUUCUGGACUAUCGAGCGAUUCGGCCGCAGGCCUUUGCUCGUCUAUGGUGGGCUCGGCAUGUUUCUGAUGCAGUACAUCAUCGGCGCUGUUGGAACUGCACUGCCCGACAAUGAAACAGCAGUCAAGGGAAUGAUUGCCGUCAUCUGCUUCCAAAUAUUCUUCUACGCUACCACCUGGGGGCCUGCCGCGUGGGUUGUUGUGGGAGAGAUCUUCUCUCUGCCAAUCCGCGCACGUGGUGUCGCUAUAUCAACGGCAUCGUGUUGGUUCUGGAACUGUGUGCUUGCUGUCAUUGCCCCUUAUAUGACUGGCGAUGAAGAGGGAGCGGUUAACCUCGGGCCCAAGGUGUUCAUCUUCUGGGGCUCACUCUGUUUUCUGGGGGCUUUGUUUGCCUAUUUCUUUGUUCCGGAGAUGAAGGGCCUCUCCCUCGAACAAGUCGAUCUCAUGCUUGCCGAGACAAGCCCACGGAAGAGCGCCCAAUGGAUGCCUAGGACAACGUUCGCUCAGGAAAUGGGCCGAGUGGAAAAGGUUGAAGUCACCCAUGUUGAGCAUACCGAUCAUCAUACGGUUUAG